CAAAGCGAAAAUACAAACUGAAAGUAGAAUUUCUCAGCAGCACUCAACCUCAAGGGAGAUAUGAUAUGAACCAGAGACAUAUUCCCAAUAAACACUAAUCAACAACAAACUAAAAACCAUAUCGCAAAUUGUUAUCAGUGUGUUUUCUUAAAGAAGAAAUGGUAAUUGCAAUUGGCUUUGAAGGAAGUGCCAAUAAGAUUGGAAUUGGUAUAAUACAAGAUGGAAAAGUGUUAUCAAAUCCAAGACGUACCUAUAUAACUCCACCAGGCCAAGGUUUUUUGCCCAGAGACACAGCUAAGCAUCAUAGAGCCAAUGUUCUAGUUGUAUUAAAGGAAGCUCUUGAUGAGGCUAAAAUAGACCCCAAAGACAUUGAUGUUGUGUGUUAUACAAAAGGUCCAGGAAUGGGUGCCCCGUUAGUAUCUGUUGCCAUAGUUGCACGGACAGUAGCACAGUUAUGGCAGAAGCCAAUCAUUGGAGUAAAUCACUGUAUUGGACAUAUAGAGAUGGGUAGAUUGAUAACAGGUUCUGAAAAUCCUACUGUUUUAUAUGUUAGUGGUGGAAAUACACAGGUGAUAGCUUAUCUACAAAAAAGAUACAGAAUAUUUGGAGAGACUAUAGAUAUUGCUGUUGGAAAUUGUUUAGAUAGAUUUGCCAGAGUACUCAAGCUUUCCAAUGAUCCAAGUCCUGGGUACAAUAUUGAACAAUUAGCUAAAAAAGGAAAGAAAUAUUUAGAACUUCCCUACACGGUAAAAGGAAUGGAUGUGUCUUUCUCAGGACUCUUGUCAUUUAUUGAGGAAAAGGCACCUCAGGUUCUAAAGACAGGUGAAUAUACACCAGAAGAUUUAUGUUUUUCUCUACAAGAAACAGUAUUCUCUAUGUUAAUUGAAAUUACCGAGCGAGCCAUGGCACAUUGUGGAUCUCAGGAAGUUCUCAUUGUGGGUGGUGUAGGGUGCAAUAAAAGACUUCAAGAAAUGAUGGAGAUAAUGGCCAAAGAAAGAGGGGCCAAAUUAUUUGCUACAGAUGAAAGAUUUUGUAUAGAUAAUGGUGCAAUGAUAGCCCAGGCUGGAUGGGAGAUGUUCAAAUCCGGCCAGAUAACACCUUUUGAAGAGACAUUUUGUACACAGAGAUAUAGAACUGAUGAAGUAGAGGUGACAUGGAGAAGUUGACAGAAUCUCACAAUGAGCUUGUCUAAUCUUGUAAUAAAUAUUUGUAAUGGA